AGAGGAGAGUUUGGAGGUGUGCUGUGGUGGGCUAAGAAGACCCAGACCCUAGCAGUCCCGGGGUGAAAGCUGGCGCUGCUCUGGUCCUGCCAGUGAGGCUGUGAAUGACCGAGCAGCGAGCGAGGAAGCCGCCGCCGCAGCCCAGCACCGCUCGCACCUGGAGGCGGGCCGCGGGAGAGGCGGGCGGAGGGAGCCGAGGGGCGCGCCCAGCAGCCCCUCUGCGGGCCAGCGUUUGGUGGCGCUCACGCCUUGGCGGGAGCCGAGAGUCCCCACCUGCCCGGAGCAGCCCGGAGAUGCUGAGGCUGCGCUGGGAGUCGGCGCUGCUCCUGCUGGGGGUCGGGAGCCUCCUGGCCGCUAAAGUGAACAAACACAAGCCAUGGAUAGAAACUUCCUAUCACGGAGUCAUUACUGAAAACAACGAUACUGUCAUUUUGGAUCCUCCUCUUGUUGCUUUGGAUAAGGAUGCUCCUGUUCCCUUUGCAGGCGAAAUCUGUGCUUUUAAAAUCCAUGGACAGGAAAUGCCCUUUGAAGCUGUCGUGCUAAACAAGACAUCUGGAGAAGGUCGUCUCCGAGCAAAAAGUCCAAUUGAUUGUGAACUGCAGAAGGAGUACACAUUUAUCAUCCAGGCAUACGACUGUGGAGCAGGACCUAGUGAACACUGGAAGAAAUCUCACAAGGCAGUGGUCCAUAUCCAGGUGAAGGAUGUUAAUGAGUUUGCACCUACCUUCAAAGAGACCUCGUAUAAGACCACAGUGACUGAGGGAAAGAUCUAUGACAGUAUACUGCAGGUGGAAGCUGUGGAUGAGGACUGUUCUCCACAGUACAGCCAGAUAUGCAAUUAUGAAAUUGUCACCCCGGAUGUUCCUUUUGCCAUUGACAGAAACGGUAAUAUUAGAAACACCGAGAAGCUGAACUACGAUAAACAGCAUGAGUAUGAGAUAAUGGUAACUGCUUUUGACUGUGGACAAAAACGUGCAACAGAAGAUGUCUUAGUACGAGUUGAUGUCAAACCAGUGUGCAAACCAGGCUGGCAAGACUGGAACAAGCGUAUUGAGUAUAAGCCUGGCUCUGGCAGCAUACCUUUGUUUCCCAGCAUUCAUCUGGAAACCUGUGAUGGACCUGUUUCCUCAAUCCAUACCACUGUUGAAUUGCAAACCAAUUACAUUGGCAAAGGCUGUGACCGGGAGACAUACUCUGAGAAAUCACUGCAAAAAUUAUGUGGAGCAUCCUCAGGUGCCAUUGACUUAUUACCCACCCCUAGUGCAGCAACUAACUGGACAGCUGGGCUUCUGAUAGACAACAAUGACAUGAUUUUUAAAUUUGAUGGAAAACAAGGAGCCAAAAUUCCUGAUGGAAUAGUACCAAAGAAUUUAACUGAUCAAUUCACUAUCACUAUGUGGAUGAAACAUGGACCUAGUCCAGGACUGAGAGCUGAAAAAGAAACUAUUCUUUGCAACUCUGACAAGACAGAAAUGAAUCGGCACCAUUAUGCACUUUACGUGCACAACUGUCGUCUUGUGUUUCUGCUGCGUAAAGAUUUUGACCAGGCUGAUACAUUUCGCCCAGCAGAGUUCCACUGGAAGCUGGAUCAGAUUUGUGAUAAAGAAUGGCACUACUACGUCGUCAAUGUUGAGUUUCCUGUGGUUACCUUAUAUAUGGACGGCACGACGUAUGAGCCUUACCUUGUGACAAAUGAUUGGCCUAUUCAUCCAUCACACAUAGCCAUGCAACUAACUGUUGGUGCUUGCUGGCAAGGAGGGGAAGUUGCUAAACCCAGAUUUGCUCAGUAUUUUCAUGGCAGCCUUGCCAGCCUCACUAUCCGUCCAGGCAAAAUUGAAAGUCAGAAAGUGAUUUCCUGUUUGCAGGCCUGCAAGGAAGGUCUGGAUAUUAAUUCUCUUGAGAGUCUUGGCCAAGGAAUAAAGUAUCACUUCAACCCUUCCCAGUCAGUCCUUGUCAUGGAAGGAGAUGAUAUUGAGAAUAUAAAUCAAGCUCUCCAAAAGAUCUCAUAUAUCAACUCUAGACAGUUCCCUACCAUGGGCGUACGGCGUCUUAAAGUCUCGUCUAAAGUCCAGUGUUUUGGUGAAGAUGUCUGCAUUAACAUCCCAGAUAUAGAUGCCUAUGUAAUGGUGUUUCAGGCCAAUGAGCCCAAGAUCACAAUAAGUGGAAUGGACCACUUUGCUAGACCAGCUACGCAAUUUGAAAGUGAAAGAGGAGUGACUCUGUUACCAGAUAUCAGAAUUGUCAGCACAGUCACCAAAGUGGAACAUUCUGUGGACUUUAAAGAAAAUGAUGGAGUCCAUAAGCCAGUUGUGUUAGAGGAAAUGGUUCACAACCUGGAUUUCUGUGACAUUUUGGUCAUUGGUGUGGAAUUAGAUCCCAGACAGGAGUGUUUAGAACUGGAUCGUAAGGAGUACCAAGGAAAACAUCUAGAUGCCACCAACUCCACAGCAGGGUAUUCUAUCUAUGGUGUGGACACAAUGAGAAACUAUGAACUGGUGCUUCGACAAGUUCGAUAUCGCAAUUGGCACACUUUCAACAUCUUUGAUAGAAAGUUCAGGAUCAAGUGCUCAGAGCUGAAUGGCCGAUAUACCAGUAAUGACUUUAACUUGGAGGUUAAUAUCCUACACAACUCGAACUCUAAUUUUAUGGAGCAUGUAAAUCACAUGGUAAUACAGCCACAGUUUCUCCAGUCUAUCCAUCACCCAGAGGAAAGCAUAAACAGCAUUCCUGGCUCAGUUGUUCCAAGCGUGGCUACUAUUGUUAUAAUAAUCUGUGUCAGUAUACUAGUCUUCAUCAUAGCCUUGGGCAUCUACAGAAUUCGGACUUCUCAUCAGCCCAGCUCUACAGAAAAUGAAGGAAGUAAAGAAAAUGAAAUGGAUUGGGAUGAUUCUGCUCUAACCAUUACUGUCAACCCCAUGGAGAAAUAUGAAGAGCCUCGCCAUGUAGAAGAGGAGAGUGAAGAGGAAGAAGAUACAACCAGUGAUGAAUCAGGUGAAAGUGAGGAAGAGGAGGAAGAAGAAGAAGAAAUUGGAAAUGCAGGAGACAAACAGAAUGCCACCAGGCAAGAGCAGUUGGAGUGGGAUGAUUCAACACUUCCUUACUAGAACCUGCCAGUCCUAUUGCUCCUUUUGUAAACACCAAUACAAUUUAUUUCUGAGUCAAGUUAAUCUCUGUCUAUGAAUUAACUGACAGGAUUUGAAUUUAUUGCCUAAAAUAGAUAUAGUUCUAUUGCCCAAAUUGAUAUAGUUGUAUCAGUUGCUAUUGAUAGAAUUGUCCCUUUCCUUACAAUGCCUUGUGAAAUACAGGGUACCAACUUUAAUGUCCUCUAUGGUAAUGACACUAGUCUGGAGCUUGGACCAUCGAUUUAUUCCCUCAAUUUCCAGUUUCUGUUCCAAAUAAUCCAAUAAAAGUCCUGUCACUCAAUCCAUAGAGGUUUUGCCUUUGCUAUUUUUUCAUAUAGGAGAGAUUUCAGCUUGUUAUGAUUUCUGUGGAUCCAAAUAAUGCUGUUGCCAUUUGGCUUCACUUUAUUGUAUGUCUAAAAAAAAUCUGCCUUCAAAUUGACCUGGUAUUGCAGUGUCUCCAGGAAUGGGGGGGGGAGGAAGCAGAGGUUUAAUGCUACAGGUGUCAAGGCUGAAUGCCAUUUACCCCUCCUUUUUUGCCUUCUUGGAUGCUAAUUGCAUUCUACAAAGGGAUAUUUAAGGCUUCACAUGUAGGGUGUAUGAGAAUAGGAAUGGGUAAUACAUUUUAUCUGCUAAUGUCAUGACCUUGAAGAUAAAAUCUUUAUCCAGUCCACCUAUUGAAACCUGACUACUAUCAUGUAAAACCACCAGAAAAAAACUUUUUUUCUUUUAAGUCUCAAAGAUCUUCUGCCCACAGAUUAAACAAUUUUUCUUAUGUGAAACAUAAAUUGUAAUUCAACUUGGCUUUGGCUGAAACCUGUGGGGCUGAUCAUUAGCCACAGAUUCAUUAAUUUGCUGCAAAUCAGUGUUUUGUAAUCUGCAUUGUAAAUCAUUAUCUUGAUGCAGUAUCUUACUGCAGUAACAGAAAAUCAAUGAACCCCAGUAUACUCAAGUUGCCUCUGGUUGGGACUUAGACAGGUACUUACAUUUAUGCAUGAAAAUGAAAUAUAGUCUUGGGGAAAUGUUCCCUUCUGCCUGUAGAAAGACUGAUUAAAUGAUUCCAGCUGGAAUUUGUCUGACUUUAUUCUGUAAAAUAUUGUCCCCCAUUUUUGCUAUACUUUUACCAACCAAACAGUGGCAAAGGAAAAAACUGACAUAACCUAGACUCUCCAGCUCUCCUUUGCACCUACAACUGUCUUUUUUUCUCCUCUUCUUGAACCCUUUAUUCUUUGAGAAAAGGGGUCUAUAAAAUAAAAUAGGAACAAGGAAAGCAAAAAUCCACCUGGAACCAAAAGAAGUAAAAGAACAAGGAGAACUUGAGCAAGUAUUGGUUUAAUGUGGCAUAUUUUUUCCUAAACACUGUUCAAAGAAAAAAUACACAAAAUAUGCUGGUAAUUCUGUUUCUGUUUUUUCCUCCUCCCUUUAAUAUCCUUUGCAUCUUCAAAAUGACAUGAACAACAAAUGAGGCAGCACUUCCUAGGUAACAGUUAUAUAUUAAAAUAGACAAACCAACUGGCAUGACAGUGAAUGCUGCCCUGUGGCUUUUCACCCGUUUCCAACCAUCUUCUUUAGAUUUUGUUUGUUGGAUUUUGCUUUGUAAUUUGCUGUUUGGAGUGAGCCAUUCCUCCUAUCUUUCCUGUGUGCCCCCAAGAAGCUCAGUAGCAGUACAGUAUGGAGUGUAACAGGACAAAAAAGUACAUGUGUCAAUCUUUUUUCUUUGCUAAGGUGCCAUGGCUCCAUGCACAGUCAUGGCACUUAAUCCUGCAGGGGGCAACCCUUACUCACUCUGGGUUCAUAUGGAUAACUUUCAGGGUUGCCAGCUCUCUUGCUACUUCGUAUAUUUCUUAAAGCCUCAGCUCUUACAGUAAUGUGAAUACAGAAAAUCUCAGCUUUCAUUUUUUAAAUCAAGUUUCUAGCUCUUAUGGGUUCAAAAAAAGUUGAAAAUGUGACCCGAGUGGGCCCUACAAGCUUAAAAAAUUGAAAGGUAAAUGAAGACAGUCCCAAAUUUAUUCCUUUUU